AUGGAUUCUGUACCCUCACUGGCCAGCGUUUUGACUUUACUAUUCUCCGUCUUGUGGCAUAUAGGAUCUACAGCUACAAACUACAACUGUGAUAACCCUUUAUCAGCCCUGCUGCCUCCAACAGCCUUUUCCAGUUCAUCAGAACUCUUUGGCUCACCCAGCCCAGCCCAACUCAACAGAAGAAUUGGAGCUGGUGGUUGGUCCCCAGUGAAUUCUAAUGCUCAACAAUGGCUCCAGAUUGAUCUAGGAAAUAGAGUGGAGAUUACUGCAGUGGCUACCCAAGGAAGAUAUGGGAGCUCUGACUGGGUAACAAGUUAUAUACUGAUGUUUAGUGAUACUGGACGAAACUGGAAGCAAUACAAGCAAGAAGACAAUAUCUGGACUUUUUCAGGAAAUACCAAUGCUGACAGUAUCGUGCACCACAAAUUCUUACACUCAGUGAAAGCCCGGUUCAUCCGAUUUGUCCCAAUGGAAUGGAAUCCAAAUGGAAAAAUAGGCAUGAGGGUGGAAGUCUAUGGAUGCUCAUAUAAAUCAGAUGUUGCUGACUUUGAUGGCAGAAGCUCCCUUCUGUACAGAUUUAAUCAGAAACUAAUGAGCACUUUUAAAGAUGUGAUCUCUCUGAAGUUCAAGAGUAUGCAAGGAGAUGGAGUCUUGUUCCAUGGAGAGGGCCAACAUGGAGAUUACAUUACCCUGGAGCUACAGAAGGGGAAACUCUCUUUACAUAUCAACUUGGGUGACAGUAAACUUCGUUUCAGCAACAGUCAGCCUUCAGUUAUUCUAGGCAGUCUUCUGGAUGACCAGCACUGGCACUCAGUUCUCAUUGAGCGGUUCAAUAAACAAGUGAACUUCACAGUAGACAAGCACACUCAACAUUUCCGGGCUAAAGGAGACGGUGAUUAUUUGGACAUUGAUUAUGAGCUCAGUUUUGGAGGGAUUCCAGUCCCAGGCAAACCAGGAACAUUCCUAAAGAAAAACUUUCAUGGAUGCAUUGAAAACCUUUAUUAUAAUGGAGUCAACAUAAUCGAUUUGGCCAAAAGACGAAAACAUCAGAUCUAUACUGUGGGCAAUGUCACUUUUUCCUGCUCAGAACCACAAAUCGUUCCCAUCACGUUUGUCAACUCCAGCAGCAGUUAUUUGUUACUGCCCGGCACCCCCCAAAUUGAUGGGCUCUCGGUGAGUUUCCAGUUUCGAACUUGGAACAGAGAUGGUCUGCUCCUGUCAACAGCGCUGUCAGAGGAUUCUGGAAUCCUGCUGCUCUACCUAGAGGAUGGGUUGCUGAGGCUCGUUAUCCAGAAAAUGACAGAACGCUCCAUGGAAAUCCCCACAGGAAGCAACCUGAAUGAUGGCCUGUGGCAUUCAGUUAGCAUCAAUGCCAGGAGGAACCGCAUUACUUUGACAUUGGAUAAUGAUGCAGCAUCCGCUGCUCAUGAAACCACUAGGCUCCAGAUUUACUCUGGGAACAGCUACUACUUUGGAGGGUGUCCUGACAAUUUCACCGAUUCCCAAUGUUUAAAUCCCAUUAAGGCUUUCCAAGGCUGCAUGAGGCUCAUCUUUAUUGAUAACCAGCCCAAGGACCUCAUUUCAGUUCAGCAAGGUUCCCUGGGGAAUUUUAGUGAUUUACACAUUGAUCUGUGUAGCAUCAAAGACAGAUGUCUACCAAACUACUGUGAACAUGGAGGAACAUGUGCUCAGUCCUGGGCAACCUUUUACUGUAACUGCAGUGACACAGUUUACACUGGAGCAACGUGUCAUAACCCUAUCUAUGAGCAAUCAUGUGAAGCCUAUCGACACAAGGGAAAUACCUCUGGCUUCUUCCACAUUGAUCCAGAUGGCAGUGGGCCACUUGAGCCUCUCUAUGUUUACUGCAACAUAACAGAGGAUAAGAUCUGGACUGCCGUGCAGCAUAACAACACAGAGCUCACUCGGGUGCGAGGGGCACAUCCCAAGAGGCCCUAUGUCAUGUACUUUAACUACAGCAGUAGCAUGGAGCAGCUAGAGGCGAUGAUCAACUGGGCAGAGUACUGCGAGCAGGAGACCAUUUACCAUUGCAAGAAAUCUCGUCUGCUGAACACCCCCAAUGGCAUGCCAUUUACAUGGUGGAUUGGAAGAGCCAAUGAAAAACAUCCUUACUGGGGAGGUUCCCUUCCUGGAGUUCAGCAAUGUGCAUGUGGGCUAGAGGAAAGUUGCUUGGACAUGAGGCACUUUUGCAAUUGUGAUGCAGACAAAGAAGAAUGGACAAAUGACACUGGCCUUCUUUCCUUCAAAGACCACUUGCCUGUCACCCAGAUAGUUAUCACUGAUACCAACAGAUCAAACUCAGAAGCUGCCUGGAGAAUUGGUCCAUUACGUUGCUAUGGCGACCGGCAUUUUUGGAAUGCAGCCUCAUUUAAUACAGAAGCCUCUUACCUACACUUCCCCACCUUUCAUGCAGAGUUCAGUGCUGAUAUUUCAUUUUUUUUCAAAACCACGGCUUUGUCUGGCAUCUUCUUGGAAAAUCUGGGCAUUAAAGACUUCAUUCGACUGGAAAUAAGCUCCCCCUCAGAAGUCACUUUUGCUGUUGAUGUUGGGAAUGGUCCAAUGGAGCUCACAGUUCUCUCUCCAACUCCCCUGAAUGACAAUCAAUGGCAUUAUGUCCGGGCUGAGAGAAACCUCAAGCAGACUUUGCUCCAGGUGGAUGACCUUCCAGCAAAGAUAAUGGAGACACAAGAAGAUGGGCAUUUUCGAUUGCAGCUAAAUGCUCAAUUAUUUGUAGGUGGCACAGCAUCAAGACAGAAAGGAUUCCUAGGAUGCAUUCGUUCCUUACAUUUAAAUGGGCAGAAACUUGAUCUUGAAGAGAAGGCCUUGGUCACACCUGGAGUCAAGCCUGGAUGCCCUGGGCACUGCAGCAGUUAUGGAAACUUUUGUCACAAUGGAGGGAAGUGUGUGGAGAAGUAUAACGGAUACCUCUGUGACUGUACCAACUCCCCAUAUGAAGGUCCCUUUUGUAAAAAAGAGGUUUCUGCAAUUUUUGAAGCUGGUACUUCUGUUACCUAUGUUUUCCAAGAGCCUUAUCCAGUGACCAAGAAUACAAGUCUUUCUUCCUCAGCCAUUUAUGUGGAUUCCAUGCCAUCAUCUAAAGAGAAUAUUGCAUUUAAUUUCUUGACGGGCCAAACACCCAGCCUUCUACUGUACAUUGACUCUUACUUUCAGGACUACUUGGCUGUUCUUCUUAGUAAAAAUGAAAGGUCAGACAAAUUCAUAGCUUCACCCAGACAUAGGAGAAGGGGAAAAGAAAACAACUUUCUGACUGUGCUUCAUGUUGCAGAUAGCCUGGGACUAGAUGCUGAAGUCUCCAAAGUGAACACCGUUGGGUUUGUUGGAUGCCUGUCAUCAGUCCAGUAUAACCACAUAGCACCACUGAAGGCAGCUUUGCGCCAUCCCAGCAUCGCCCCUGUCACUGUGAAAGGUGUUUUGGUGGAGGCUAACUGCAGAUCUGUAAUGGAAUCAGACAUAAACACAGUGACAACAGUGUACUCUUCAUCAGAUCCUUUUGGGAAGACAGAUGAACGGGAACCUCUCACCAAUGCAGUUAGGAGUGAUUCGGCUGUCAUUGGAGGUGUAAUAGCAGUGGUUAUAUUCAUCAUUUUCUGCAUCAUUGGUAUCAUGACUCGAUUCCUUUACCAACAUAAACACUCACAUCGAACUAACCAGAUGAAGGAGAAAGAAUACCCAGAAAAUUUGGAAAAUUCCUUUAGAAAUGACAUUGACUUGCAAAACACAGUAAGCGAGUGUAAAAGGGAGUAUUUCAUCUAA